AUGCCGCACGCGAUGAGGAUGUCGAUCUUCUUGCUGCUCAUCUUCUGCCUUCCCACCGAGGCGAAAGUCGUCUGUAUCUGCGAACCGGAGCCCUGCCAUCCCCCGUGCGAGGGAGACGCUUGCUAUCGACGUGAGCAGCGAACUAUAGGUCAAUUGGUAAAGCGAGAAGCUGGAUGCGCCGACAUGCAGUGUAAGGAAGAGAAAAAGGAUUCUACAGUGAUAAGUUGCGUGGUAUGCCACACGGAUUACUGCAACAAGAGGGAAACAACGGAGGGCCCGAGACAUGGACUUCCGAAAAACUCUUCGAAGCUUCGCUACACCGUCAUCUGGCUGCUCAUCCCCAUCGGCCUUAUCCUGUUCUUC